AUGUCGUCUAUGCUCAACGGCUCGCACAUCAUAAAGGGCCGCUGGAAGAUUUUGCGUAAGAUCGGCCAGGGCGCCUUCGGCGAGAUCUAUUCGGGAAGAGACAUCAACACCAACAAACUGGUGGCGAUCAAGGUGGAGCGCGUGGACAGCAAGAAGCAGGUCCUUAAACUGGAGGUGGCGGUCCUCAAGAAACUACAAACGUGUCCGUGGGUGGUGCAGUUCAUCACGUGCGGGCGGCACAACGACUACAACUACAUGGUCAUGGAAUUGCUGGGCGAGAACAUCUCUGAGCUGCGCCGCAAGCAGCCCGGCGGCAAGUUCUCCAUGCUCACCACGUGCAAGCUCGGCAUGCAGAUGCUCCGCGCUAUCGAGGCAGUGCACGAACUGGGCUACCUCCACCGUGACAUCAAGCCCUCCAACUACGCCAUCGGGCUGACGCCGGAGAAGAGGAAUACGGUGUACCUGAUCGAUUUCGGUCUGGCGCGCAAGUACGUGCUGUCCAACGGCGAGGUGCGGCCGGCGCGCGAGUCGACGGGCUUCCGCGGUACGGCGCGGUACGCGGCGAUCAACUCGCACGAGUCGAAGGACCUCGGGCGGCGGGACGACCUGUGGUCGCUGUUCUACGUGCUGCUCGAGUUCUCCAACGGGCAGCUGCCGUGGCGGCGGAUCAAGGACAAGGACCACGUGGGCGACAUGAAGAAGCGCCUCAACAACCCGGAGCUGGUGGCCGACUCGCCCGAGGAGUUCCUCAAGUUCAUGGAGCACCUGCAGAGCCUGCGCUACGGGGAUCGGCCGGACUACAAGUACCUCCACACCCUCCUGGCCUCCCUCUUCCACCGGCUGAAUGGCGAUGAGAGCACGCCCUUCGACUGGGAGACCAUCCCCAUGCGCAAGACCAAGCGGCCCCGCCCGCUGCCCUCGCUCGUCGACCUCUGCUUCAUCCGCGUGGCCUCCCACAUCGAGCAGUACAACAUCCGCCAGGUCACCGGCACCCUCCUCCCCGCCGUCAAGAAGAAGAUGCUCGACUUCCUCAUACGCAUCAACAACGGACGCCUCCCGCGCGCCGUGCUCGACCGCCUGCUCGACGAGCAGCUCGAGGAGCUCGACCUCAUCUCCUGCGAAUUCAACGAGGCCGACUACCACCAGCUCGCCACCACCUGCACCAAGCUGCGCCGCCUCACCCUCGGCGCCACCACCGACGGCAUCGUCAAGGCGGUGGUCACCCACAACCACAACCUGGAGGAGCUGUCCAUCUACUGCUCAUCGAAGCUGUCGUCGCGCGCCAUUAAGCUAGUCGCCGAGCACUGCCCCAACCUGCAGGUGCUGAAGCUCAAGUGCUCGGAGAAGAUCACGGACAAGUCGAUCGACACGGUGUUGCGUAACUGUCCUCACCUGCGGGAGCUGUCCCUGUUCGGGUGUAAAAAGAUCAAGGGCACUGCCUUCCGCACGUUCGUUUCCGGCAAGACCGCCUCCAAAAAGCGCCCCCUCCGUCUCCAAUCGCUCAACCUCUCCUACUGCGAACUCUCGAAGAAGGGAUUCAAGACCCUCGCCAAGGUGUGCUCCGAUCUGCAGUCGCUGAACUUCUCGCCGCUCUCUACGUCGUUCAAGAUCACGAGCGGCGACUUCAUCCAGCUCAUCCAAUGCUGUGCCAACCUCACCACACUGGACCUCUCCAACUACCAUUUCGAGAUGGACGCCAUCCUUCUCGAGGUGUCGAAGACGUGCAAGGGGCUGAGCAGCCUGCUGCUGGAUGGCAUCGGAAUGACCGACUACGGCCUGCAGAACGUGGUGCAGCAGUGCACCAAGCUGCAGACUCUGAGGUUCAGAUACGGGGACGGCGUAACGGACUCGUCGUUGCUUGCCAUCGCGCAAUAUUGCACCGGCCUCAAGUCGCUCACGCUCGACUUCUGGAACAAAUUCAACCAGCUCUCCGUCUCCGACAACGCCAUCAAGAAGCUCCUCUGCGCCUGCACUCAGCUGGUGGAGCUGUCCCUCUGCAACUGCAUGAUCCUCACCGGUGCGUGCUUCCCGGAGAACGGCUACUUUCCCUCGCUCCAGGUGCUCAAUCUGAGCGAGUGCAUCCAGCUCAACGACGCUGCCAUCAAGCGGAUCACCGAAGCCUGCCCGAACCUGCGGAGACUUGAGCUCAACAACCUCAACAAUCUGACGGAGGCUUCCCUCCAUGCGAUCGCCGUCGGAUGUCCGCUUUUGGAGGACCUCUACCUGAUCUCGUGCUCCUGCUUCACCGACGAGGCCAUCCGCACUCUCCUGCGCGGAAUGCCCAAGCUCUUUGUCCAGGUCACCCGCUACACCGACUUUGACCUUCGCGGCUCGCUCAAGGAGGUCCACUGCACCACCGUCGACGACAUCUUCUCCCGCUACCCCAACACCUUCCGUGAACGUGCUUUCGAGAAGACCCGCAAGCGCCUCUUCGGCAUGGAGGGCUAA